AUGGCGACAUAUCAGGAGAUCGUCGACGACAGCGACACUUCACUNGAAAUCCCCGAGCCNCACGAGCUCCUCGACGCUCGUCACAAAGUNAGCGCGGCACAACUCGUUGUCGACGAUUUGAAGGAGGCCCUCAAGGCAGCCAAAUCGAGACUCGCACGACUCAAGGCCGAGCAAGCAGAUCUCGAGCUUGCNGCGAAGCUUCGCAAGACUGCNCUGCCCGAGCAGCUGCUUUUCACGAACACUGAAAGCAAGGCGACCUUGCAUACCGGCUCUGACUCCAUCAAAGAUGACGUAGCCGACCCUCCUCAAGCUGGCUAUCCACCCGACGAUUAUGUCGUCCCAGGCGGCUCGACCCCGCCGUCGUCUUAUUGCAAAGAUUAUCUCGGCGAUGACUUUCACCAGGUACUGCUUCUCUUCGAGACCCAAUGCGGCCAAGCGCGCCGUCAAGACGAUUCAGAUCCUAGCUCAAUUCGCCCUUCGGCGACGCACACAGGUGGACACGAGCUCGCAGACGAUGCCGGCGCGGGUGAUGACGCUGCGAUCUCGCUGGGAACAAUGCCGGAGCCGGAGGGUAGACAAGGACCUGUACUCAUUGCGACCACGAACCCAUCAAAAGCGGCUUGCUCCGGCUGUGGCACGCUUUCGCAAGCUUGCGCAGGCAUGCACGAGGAGAACGGCAAUGCGGUCCCCGCAGGCCUGUCGCCGCCCUAUCUAGAGACAAACCCGGAGCUCGAGCCAACGCGUGCCACAUCGCUCACUAUGAACACUGAACCCACGCAAGCUCCAUGUAUCGGUUGUGGCACUAUCACAACAUCUAGAGCCCGCUAUUCGGCCGAAGCAGGUGGACAGUCUACACAUCUAAUCUCAUGCUCAGAUUGCUAUCAAGAAGUGGUACAAGUCUUACGCUCGCAUGGCCGUGACAAUCAAGAAGCCUUCCAGGCAGCUGGCGAUGCUGCAGGGGCAACGAAUACUGUGAAUUCGAUCGAAGACAUGCAAGCUUACGGAAGAGUAAUGUUUCUGCGCGAAUUCAACACCAAUGUAUUCAAGCUCGCCACUGACAAGAUGACUCGUGCCCGCAACGCCAGUACAGCCGAGUACCAGUGUCUGCUUUAUGAGUACGCACUCGGCCAAUUUGCGCCUGGCCCAAAGGAAAUCGAGAAAUUCGCGAUCCUGCUUGGUGAUUGCAAAUUCGCCCACGAUCAAAACGGUCCAAAGACCGCUCAGCUCCUCGUCCGUAUCUUCAAGGAAUUCUCACACCGUCACACUCGCUUCUUGAGCGGUUCCCGCGAGAAGCGUGCUGCCCAGGCAGCAUGGGAAGUUCGCAAGAUCGAGGUCAUGGUGAUGGAGGAGCGAGCAACCUGA